AGUUGAGGGGUUUAUUUUUUUUUGUUUCCCCAGCGCUGGGUAGUUGGAUUGUUGCGUGCAGCACUGUCUGUUUUUAGUCCAGUUUCCAUAUAAGAAUGCCAAACUUGGGUGGUGGAAAUAAAUGUGGCGUCUGCCAGAAGACUGUUUACUUUGCUGAGGAGGUGCAGUGUGAUGGGAGGUACUUUCACAAGUCCUGUUUCCGGUGCAUGGCAUGUAAGAAGAAUCUCGACAGCACCACAUUAACUGUGCAUGCAGACGAAAUCUAUUGUAAAAGCUGCUAUGGAAAAAAGUAUGGACCCAAAGGCUAUGGUUACGGCCAGGGUGCCGGUACUCUGAGCAUGGACAGUGGAGCAAGUGUGGGAAUAAAACCUGUGCAAGCUGCGACUCACUGCCCCACCACUAAUGUCAAUGAAUCCAAAUUUGCUCAGAAGUUUGGUGGUUCAGAUAAGUGCCCUAGAUGUGGACAAUCCGUUUAUGCUGCUGAGAAAGUUAUUGGAGCUGGCAAGGCUUGGCACAAACAAUGCUUCCGCUGUGCAAAAUGUGGGAAGGGCCUGGAGUCUACAACAUUGGCUGACAAAGAUGGCGAAAUUUAUUGCAAAGGUUUUAUACCAAAAAUGGCCUAA